UUAUGGAACAAGAUCCACCAAUCUGCAACAUCUUGUGUUCUAUUCCUGUGGAGCCCUGAUUUCAGUCUGGAUCUGCCCAUGGACAAUUACAUGUACAGGCCCACGCCUCAGCCGCAAGAGCAGCAAAAGGAAUUGGCAAACUGUAGAAAACGAAAUCCCUCUGUGGAAGACAGCACACGAAUAAGCAUAAUGUCCAAGAAGAUGAAGCUACACAAGAACGAAGAGGAUGUCAUAAAUUGUACCAAAAGCUCAAAUUGCACCUCUUCCCAAGGGCACGGAUCUGACGGGACAAAUCGAUCGUCGUCGGCAGUGUUCAAUACCCUCGCAAACGCGUCCAACGCCAACAAAAGCGCUCAGUCCAGAUUGCUGCCCUCGCCAACCAAAGCAGUUAACUGGCGGCUCGCUUGUUUUCUGGCCAGUGAAUACCUCUCCCGCGGGACAUUGCUGGGGAAACCAUGGCCAAUGAAGGAUUCGAACGGCAUCCCUGGGGAAAAUGCCACUGCUCAGCCGAAGAAGAAGCUCAGAGGAGACGUCUUCGCCAGAGAAAAGGAAGCUAUUUACUCUACUCUCACCGCCAAUUUCCUCCGCUCCGAUGACAUUCAGAUACCUGACAUUUUCAAUCCUUCACAGUUGGCCGCUUGGCUCGGAUUCAAAUGACCAUUCCGCGCAAACCUUGCAAUGAAAAGUGCAAAAUGUGGAUGUCCUAUUUUGUGGUGUAAGAUCCCUUAACGAUUGCUAUUGUCUUCAUGUCCAGGAGGAGAAACUUCCUCAUAUAUUUUCUUUUUAGGUUAUCUGUUGUGGCAGAUUUUUGUGUAUGUAAGGAGGCUUUCGAUGU